UUUAAAUUUUUUUAUAUGUAUAUCAAUCGAUUCAAUUUUUAUAAAAAUUAAAUCGAUUGAUCGAACCAAUCCUUCGCUCAAACCUAUUUUUUUCGUCCUUUAACAUUUUUUUCUAAUCAAAUCUAAAUUGCUCACUCAUUUCUGUCCACCAGAUGCCCAAGCCAACGGGCUUUGACGAGUCAAAGUUAAAAAUUACAAAUAAAAUAGUUUGAAAUGUUUUUAGAAAUUUUAAUAACAAAGAAAAAAAAUGUAAAAUUGUGGGGAAAAAAAAGUGAAAGCCCAUACAGAAGAAAUAGGUGGCAAAAGAACAGAUGUUGUGGUUGUAUUCUACCUCGGCAGUAUCUCGAAGGAUAUCGGUGUCGUGGCUGAUGGCUACCAACUCCAAAAUCAAACCCCAGCGCCUCCCUCCUUCUGCGGCUGAUUCUUCUUUGGCGUUGGAGAGUUCAGUGAAAAGAGCAAAUACAAUGAGCACCCAUUCCUCCAUCAAGGACGCUUUUUCUAUCUACACUGAUUAUCUCAAUGCCCUUAAUGAAAAACGGGAAAGGGUGGUAAAAGCCAGUCGUGAUGUGACUAUGAAUAGUAAAAAAGUCAUAUUUCAGGUGCACAGAAUCAGUAAAAACAACAAGGAGGAAGUUUUGGAAAAGGCAGAAAAGGAUUUAGCAGCAGUGACUGAUCAGCAUAUGUCCCGACUGGUGAAAGAGUUGCAAGGGACUGAUUUUUGGAAGCUUCGGCGAGCAUACUCUCCUGGGGUACAAGAGUAUGUUGAAGCUGCAACAUUCUUCAAGUUCUGCCAAACUGGAACUCUUUUGAAGCUUGAUGAGAUAAAUGCUAGUUUAUUACCACUUAGUGAUCCAUCACUUGAGCCUUUGCAAAUUAAUCUCCUUGACUAUCUCUUGGGGACACAUGCACAUGAAUGUAUGAUUGAAGUGUUGUUUACUCGUCUUUUACAGCUUGCAGAUUUGACAGGAGAGCUGAUGCGGUUAGCAAUUGGUCGAAUAUCUGAUGGUGAAGUAGAAUUUGCUGAGAGGAUAUGCCGGUUUGUACGUGAUAUUUACAGGGAAUUGACUCUUGUUGUCCCACUUAUGGAUGAUAGUUUGGACAUGAAGUUAAAGAUGGAUACAAUGCUCCAAAGUGUAGUGAAAAUAGAGAAUGCGUGCUUUAGUGUCCGUGUGAGAGGAUCAGAAUACACUCCUCUUCUAGGAUCCAGCGAUCCAAGUUCCUUCUUAUUGGGAGUGUCUGAUGUGGAAUUAUGAAAUUGUUCUUGGCUGGAGGAGAGAUUUUUUGCUCUAGAUACAACAACUUUGGAGAACUUCAGAAAAAGUUUGUGUAGAUGCUUGUAUCACUCAAAAGAUCUUUAAGGCUUAUGCUUUCGCCACUGUUAUUUCUGCCUGCACUUUGUUAAAGCUGCAUGAAUUUACCUUGCAAGCUAGACUCUGCAAAUGCUUCUAGGGAAACAAUUCAUCUGGAGUCUGUUUGGAAGCAUCAAAUUUAUAUGAAAAUCGUUUGAUCUGCCCGUUGAUGUGGAAAUGAUCCAAAAUACAGGAGAUGAAGAUUGGGUUUCAAAACCUGCUCUGAACUGCUAAAUGAUGACAUGAUGAGUUUGUAGAUAACAUUGAUGAAUUAAUAUUGGGUUUAUAUCAAACACUGGGCUAUAAAAAUAUGACAUGGGGCAUGUUCAGGCCUUUGGGCUAUUGGAAAGAAAGCCCUGGAAAACUAAGCCUCAGGGCUCAGAGCGUUCAUCAAA